CUCCCAAGGCCAGCAAGGAAUCUACCAGAAUUUACUGUGGGGAACAAUGUUGUACCUUUAUGCACACAGUAUAUUUAUUUGGGAGCGCCAGUGCGAAUUACACCAUCCAUUCCAGCAAGACAGAGAGUACAUCCCAUUGUUCAAGAUCUGCUGGCCCGGUUACAGCGACGCCUGACUCCUCUCAAGUGGCUUACUAAUUAUUCUGCAGGAGUAUCUAUCCCAGUUGCCAGAAACAUAUAUAUUGCUUUCAUCCGCUCAGUGAUAGAUUAUCUUUCCCCUGCACUAUGUCAACUCUCCAGAUCAACUCUACAGCCGCUUGAAAAAUUCCAGAACCAAGCAAUGAGAUUCAUUCUAGGUUGUCCAGCAUCCACUAGAAUUGUAAACAUGCAACACGAACUCCGUCUCCCUCCACUCGUAGAGCGAAUAUACUCCAAUGUCACCUACUUCAGUAUCAAAUGCCUGUAUUACCCUCACCUGUCUCCUCACUAUUCAAACAUCAUCAGAACUUCUCUGGAUCUAGAUGCACCUCGUCCACAACUACGCCAGGGGGGACGUACACUAGUUAGUACUGUCUGUUCAAGCAUUCGGGGGCUUGACAUCAACAUCGUGGCAGAGAACGUGGAUCAUGGCCUUGCACCCUGGCAGACUCCUGUGCCAGCAAUCUCUUACACUCCAGUCUCUAAGACUGACUUGCCUCAACUUCAACAACAACGUGCAUGGGAGACCAUCGACAGACUAUCCUUAUCCCUCAGUGUAGCCCAUCACCUCUACACAGACGGCUCCCUACAGCAGGAUGGCAGUGCUGGAUGUGCUGUUUUCUCCCCCACUCUGGAACCCCCGCCAGAAGGCUGGACAGGCCGUCGCCUCCCAAAGUCAUCAAGCUUCACGUAUUGUGAACUACAUGGACUUCUAGAUGCAGUUAUUUUAAUCACACGGACCAGAAACAACGGCUUGAUCAUCUGCGACUCGCAACCAGCACUCCAAGCCCUUUCAUCACAUAAGCCAGCAUACCAGCCCCUGGUUACACAAAUACAUAGGCAACUAGACAUGGCCAGCAUGAGCUCACUGGUAGUGGGUCUUCUGGCUAACAACACCGUUGACCAUCUCGCAAAGGCUGCCUGUCAGCUGGAUCCUCCAGAUGCUGAUGCUCCCAGUCUAUCUCUCCUGUGCUGCAGAAAAAUGGUGCGCCAAGCUGCUCGCUCACCUACUCAUCAUCGUAGUAAUGCCGAGAGAGCCACCAGUGUAUCAAUACAGCAUUAUGAUCACUUCUUUCCUCACCAACACAAGUAUCGCCGCAGUGGACUCAUGGUUCGUCAACUAACUUUGGGUUUGUGCGCGUCUUCGGCUGGGUUGGCGUCCAGUUUGGCAGGUGGCUAA